UCAAUUUCUCUCGGCUCUAUUGAAUUUUGAAGAAGAAGAAGGCGACGACACAACACCUUGCAUUUGUAUCCAUGGCGUCGAUAACUAGCAAACUUCUUCUAGUCCUAGUCUGCUACGUUUUUCUUUUCCCCUUUGCUUCGUUCUCAUCGUCAGCUGAUUUUUCUGGGAUAUCUCUUCCAUCUUCGUCUCCGAAAGUCUCGGUGGGCCUGUACUACGAAUCUCUCUGUCCGUACUGCUCCUCCUUCAUAGUUAACCACCUCACGAAGCUCUUUGAAGACGAUCUAAUAUCAAUCGUCGAUCUCCAUCUGUCUCCGUGGGGCAAUACCAAGCUCCGUCCCGAUAACGUCACUGCCGUUUGCCAGCAUGGGGCAUUUGAAUGCUUCUUGGAUACCGUAGAAGCUUGUGCAAUUGAUGCUUGGCCUAAAGUGAGCGAUCAUUUCCCGUUCAUAUACUGUGUCGAGAAGUUGGUGACUGAACACAAGUACAAUAAGUGGGAGACUUGUUAUGAGAAGCUCAAUCUCAACUCGAAACCUGUUGCCGAUUGUCUCAGCACUGGACAUGGGAAUGAGCUUGCUUUGCACUAUGCUGCAGAAACAAAUGCUCUUCAGCCUCCUCAUCAGUACGUGCCCUGGGUAGUCGUAGAUGGUCAGCCACUUUAUGAGGACUAUGAAAACUUCAUAAGCUACAUCUGCAAGGCUUACAAAGGUAAUAAAGUACCUGGCGCAUGUGCCAAAUAUGCAACCGGCAACUUCAUUCGUAGUGUCAAAUUGAAACGCUCCCCUCUGGUAAGCCGGAAAGGAGUUAAUAAGAUGUGGGAUGUGUUGGAACGUAUCAAAACCUCUUUAUCGUCAUACAUCGAAAUCACCCGCCUGCUAUGAACACAUCCUGUAUCUUUUACCUAUGUAACAAACACCCUAAAAAGCUAUCUAGAUUCUGAAAUAUGAUGAAUAUGUAUAAUCUAUAUGUAUCAGAAUGUAUGUCUGUUGUGUUGUGAGGACUCAGAGACCUUUGAAGAAUCACAUUAGUCUUAAAUAUUUGUGUUAUUAUUA